GGCUCAUGUAAUCAAAGAAGUUUCUUUGUUGUGUGUAUCUUUUCAGAACACAACAGGAAUUGAAAAUGAAUCAGAACACUGAGCCUGUUGCAGCUGCUGAGAGCCUGUCUGAGGUACCUGAACACGUGCUUCGAGGACUUCCGGAGGAAGUGAGGCUUUUCCCAUCUGCUGUUGACAAGACUCGGAUUGGUGUCUGGGCCACUAAACCAAUUUUAAAGGGCAAAAAGUUUGGGCCAUUUGUUGGUGAUAAGAAAAAAAGAUCUCAGGUUAAGAAUAAUGUGUACAUGUGGGAGGUAUAUUACCCAAAUUUGGGAUGGAUGUGCAUUGAUGCCACCGACCCAGAGAAGGGGAACUGGCUGCGAUAUGUGAAUUGGGCUUGCUCAGGAGAAGAGCAGAAUUUAUUUCCGCUGGAAAUCAACAGGGCCAUUUACUAUAAAACUUUAAAGCCAAUCGCGCCGGGCGAGGAGCUCCUGGUCUGGUACAAUGGGGAAGACAACCCCGAGAUAGCAGCUGCGAUUGAGGAAGAGCGAGCCAGCGCCCGGAGCAAGCGGAGCUCCCCGAAAAGCAGGAAAGGGAAGAAAAAAUCCCAGGAAAGUAAAAACAAAGCAAACAAAACCGAAGACCUACAGCUGAAGACAAGCGAACCAGAUUCUGCUUCUGCAAAUAUGAGAGAUUCUGCGGAAGGUCCCAAAGAAGAGGAUGAGAAGCCUUCAGCCUCAGUAGUGGAGCAGACAGCCAUUCUUCAGGAGGCGGUUAGUCAGGAUGUGCUUCCGGAACUAGUCGUCCCCCCCACUGCCUGUGAGCCCCACACAGAACCAGACGAGAAGCCAGAAGCCACGGACUGUGAGGUGAAUGAUUUGGAGGAGGAGGAGGAAGAGGAAGAGGACGAAGAUGACGAGCUGGAGGAAGAGGGGGAGGAAGAAGCUGACGUGCCAAAUGAAAGUUCUGUGAAAGAGCCAGAAAUACGAUGUGAUGAGAAGCCAGAAGAUUUAUUAGAAGAACCAAAAAAUGUUUCAAGAGAAACGCUUGUAGGCUCUCUAGAGGUUCCACCUGUUUCCAGAACUCCCAAAACUAAAGAGGAGGCCAACGGCGAUAUAUUUGAGACAUUUCUGUUUCCAUGUCAGCAUUGUGAGAGGAAGUUCACGACCAAACAGGGUCUCGAACGUCACAUGCACAUCCACAUAUCCACAGUCAAUCAUGCUUUUAAGUGCAAGUACUGUGGGAAAGCGUUUGGCACGCAGAUCAACAGGAGGAGGCACGAGCGGCGCCACGAGGCGGGGCUGAAGCGGAAGCCCAGCCUCGCGCUCCAGGCGCCCGAAGACCCGGCUGAUGGCAGAGUCCCCGGCGACAGCGCUGCUGCGAGCGAUGACUCACCUCCUUCUGGCCUUGGGCAGGACGCUCUGCUCUUGCAUUCAGAGAAAGCCCCCCUGGAAACUGUCAGUUCUUCUGUCGUGGAAGAGAAUGGGGAAGUUAAAGAGCUUCAUCCGUGCAAAUACUGUAAGAAGGUUUUUGGAACGCACACUAACAUGAGACGGCACCAGCGCAGAGUGCACGAGCGCCAUCUGAUUCCCAAGGGCGUGCGGCGGAAAGGGGGCCUCCUGGAGGAGCCGCACCCGCCCGCGGAGCAGGCCCCGCCUGCCCAGAGCGUCUACGUGCCCAGCACAGAGCCGGAGGAGGACGGGGAGGCAGAUGACGUGUACAUCAUGGAUAUCUCCAGCAAUAUCUCUGAAAACCUAAAGUUCUAUAUUGAUGGCAAAAUUCAGACCAGCAGCAGCACGAGUAACUGUGAUGUCAUCGAGAUGGAGUCCAGCUCUGCAGACUUGUAUGGGAUAAAUUGUCUGCUUACUCCUGUUACGGUGGAGAUCACCCAAAAUGUAAAGACCACACAGGUCUCUGUAGCAGAUGAUCUUCCUAAAGAGCCUUCCAGCGGCACAAACAGCGAGUCCAAGAAACGGAGAACCGCGAGUCCUCCCGCGCUACCGAAAAUCAAAGCCGAGACGGAGCCCGACCCCUCAGUGCCCUCGUGCUCCUUACUGCCUCUCAGCAUAGCCACGUCAGAGGCAGUGUCUUUCCACAAAGAGAAAAGUGUGUACUUGUCAUCGAAGCUCAAACAACUUCUUCAGACCCAGGACAAGCUGCCUCCUCCUGCAGGCAUUUCAGGGAGCGAAAUACCGAAGUUAGGGCCCGUUUGUGUGUCCGCUCCCGCGUCGAUGCUCCCCGUGACCUCGAGUAGGUUUAAGCGGCGGACCAGUUCCCCUCCCAGUUCCCCACAGCACAGUCCUGCCCUUCGAGACUUUGGAAAGCAAAGCGACGGCAAAGCAACGUGGCCCGAUGGAGUUCUGGGUUCCAAAAAGCCCAAAUUAGAAAGUCAUAGCAACUCACCCGCGUGGAGUCUGUCUGGGAGAGAGGAGAGAGAAGCUGUGAGCCCGCCAUGCUUUGACGAGUAUAAAGUAUCUAAGGAGUGGGCAGCCAGUUCUGCCUUUAGCAAUGUGUGCAACCAGCAGCCCCUGGAUUUAUCCAGCGGCGUCAAACAGAAGGCUGAGGGCGCAGGCAAGACUCCGGUCCAGUGGGAAUCUGUAUUAGAUCUCAGUGUGCAUAAGAAGCCUUGCAGUGACUCCGAAGGCAAGGAGGUCAAAGAAAACCAUCUGGUGCAGCCAGCCUGCAGUGCCGUAAAGAAGAAGAAACCCACCACCUGCAUGCUGCAGAAGGUUCUUCUCAAUGAGUACAACGGCCUCGAUUUGCCUGUAGAGAACGCUGCAGAUGUGACCCGGAGCCCGAGUCCUUGUCAGUCCCUGGACCCCCAGCCAGACGCUGGCCUUGGCCCGGACUCCAGUUUAUCGGCCCCUGUGGUUGAGUCCCCACCCACUGUCUCUCCUUCCUCGCCUGCCCUACAGACCUCUUCCCUUUCUUCUGGGCAGCUGCCUCCUCUCUUGAUCCCAACACACCCCUCUUCUCCCCCAGCCUGUCCUCCCGUGUUGACUGUUGCCACGUCACCGCCGCCACUCCUUCCUACUGUCCCUCUUCCGGUCCCCUCUUCCGAGGCAUCUCCCCGUCCAUGUCCCUCUCCUCUCUCGACUGCCACCGUGCAGUCCCCGCUUCCCAUUCUCUCUCCUACAGUGUCUCCGUCACCAUCUCCCAUCCCUUCCGUGGAGCCGCUCACGUCUGCUGCUUCGCCCGGACCCCCGACCCUUUCCUCGUCGUCUUCCUCGUCGUCUUCCUCGUCUUCCUUCUCCUCUUCAUCUUCCUCCUCUUCCCCUUCGCCGCCACCGCUCUCAGCAGUAUCAUCUGUUGUUUCCUCUGGGGAUAAUCUGGAAGUUUCUCUCCCCAUGAUAACUUUCAAACAGGAGGAACUAGAGAAUGACGAUCCGAAACCCAGGGAAGAACCCCAGUCAUCAGUUGAACAGGAGAUUGUUCAGGAAACAUUCAACAAAAACUUUGUCUGCAAUGUCUGUGAAUCACCUUUUCUUUCCAUUAAAGAUCUAACCAAACAUUUAUCUGUCCAUGCUGAAGAAUGGCCCUUCAAAUGUGAAUUUUGUGUGCAGCUCUUUAAGGCUAAAACCGAUCUGUCAGAACAUCGCUUUUUGCUUCAUGGAGUUGGGAAUAUCUUUGUGUGUUCCGUUUGUAAAAAGGAAUUUGCUUUUUUGUGCAAUUUGCAGCAGCACCAGCGAGAUCUCCACCCAGACAAGGUGUGCACCCACCAUGAGUUUGAAAGUGGUACCCUGAGGCCCCAGAACUUCACCGACCCCAGCAAGGCCCAUAGAGAGCAUAUGCAGAGUUUGCCAGACGAUCCUUUAGAAGUGUCGAAAGAAGAAGAAGAGCUGAAUGAUUCCUCCGAAGAGCUCUACACAACCAUAAAAAUCAUGGCUUCUGGCAUAAAAACGAAAGACCCAGAUGUCCGACUGGGCCUCAAUCAGCAUUACCCGAGCUUUAAACCGCCCCCAUUUCAGUACCAUCACCGAAACCCCAUGGGCAUCGGCGUGACGGCCACAAAUUUCACUACACACAAUAUUCCACAGACGUUCACCACUGCCAUUCGCUGCACCAAGUGCGGGAAAGGUGUCGACAACAUGCCGGAGUUACACAAACACAUCCUGGCGUGUGCUUCUGCCAGUGACAAGAAGAGGUAUACCCCUAAGAAAAACCCAGUGCCCUUGAAACAGACUGUACAGCCCAAAAACGGUGUGGUGGUUCUAGAUAACUCCGGGAAGAACGCCUUCAGACGAAUGGGACAGCCCAAAAGACUGAACUUUAGCGUCGAGCUCAGCAAAAUGUCCUCGAACAAGCUCAAACUAAACGCGUUGAAGAAAAAAAACCAGCUUGUCCAGAAAGCAAUCCUUCAGAAAAACAAAUCUGCGAAGCAGAAGGCCGACUUAAAAACGGCCUGCGAGUCGUCCUCGCACAUCUGCCCGUACUGUAACAGGGAGUUCACGUACAUCGGCAGCCUGAACAAACACGCCGCCUUCAGCUGUCCCAAAAAACCGCUCUCUCCCUCCAAAAAAAAAGCUUCCCACUCAUCCAAGAAAGGCGGGCACUCCUCACCUGCAAGUGGUGACAAGAGCAGCAGCAGCCACCGCCGCCGGACGGCGGACGCAGAGAUUAAGAUGCAAAGCAUGCAGGCCCCUCUGGGCAAGACCAGAGCGCGCAGCUCGGGCCCCGCACCGGUCCCGCUGCCCUCCUCGUCCUUCAGGUCCAAGCAGAAUGUCAAAUUUGCAGCUUCAGUCAAGUCCAAAAAGCCAAGCUCCUCCUUAAGGAACUCAAGCCCGAUCAGAAUGGCCAAAAUAACUCAUGUCGAGGGGAAAAAGCCCAAAGCUGUGGCCAAGAACCAUUCUGCUCAGCUUGCGAGCAAGACGUCCCGGGGCCUGCACGUGCGGGUCCAGAAGAGCAAAGCUGUCUUGCAGAGCAAAUCUGCUUUGGCCAGUAAGAAAAGAACAGACCGGUUCAAUGUAAAAUCUAGAGAACGGAGUGGGGGGCCGGUCACCCGAAGCCUCCAGCUGGCAGCCUCUGCCGACCCGGGGGACAGCAGGAGGGAGGACAGCGGUGGCAAGCAGGAGCUGAAGGACUUCAGAAUUUUGACAUAAGCAUUUAAAGGAAGUAGCUGUUGGUUCAGUUGGAGGCACGAAGAAGGGUCACUGCUUUGGCUGCCUCAGACCUGAAUUCCCAGCUUUUGUGUCAGACCUAGGACUCACCGAGUGGUACCGUUUCUUUAACGGGGCUGGUUGUGAAUUGAAUUUGAAACCAUGAAAAAGCUGUCAAAAGAUAAAAUUCUAUUACGAAAAGAUGAAAUUCUCUCACGCUUCCUUCAUAUCUUGGGUAAUAUCUCAGUGUCACUUUGUAUUAUUUCCGGAUCAUAGAUCUUGCUCGUGGUUAAGGUUGGAUCACCGAGUUCAUUGAAACCACAUUGCAGUCUUGUUUAAUAUUUCUGUGACUGGAGCAUAGUUAUAGUAAUUGAGCAAGCUUUUAUUAUUCAUGCUUUCUUUUAUAGUGUUUUAAUUUGAAAAAGUUGCCUCAUUAAGUUAAAACAAACACAUGAAAACACCGUACUCCUUUUAAGAUGCCUUAGGUCCCCCCCACCCGCUCCUGUCUCCAGACGUAGGAUAGGAAACAGACCAGAUUCCAAAGAAAGGAGAGGAGGGAGCUCUGAGGGCCUUGCAGUGGGGGCAGAGCCUGGCAGGUCCCUCCGGCAGGUGUGGCAGCCCAGGGCAGGUCGGCUCCACAUGUCAGCGCCUGUGUUCCCCCAGUAAUGGCGGAAGAAUUCAUCUUCGGUUGGAGGUGAUUUCACUGUUUUAUUCUGUGUCCUCCCUGUAUUAAGAACUGUUCUCAGUGACACAUUAAAAACACAGGGCAAUAGUUAAAUUUGUCAUACUGACUUUUCAGACUUUCCAAGUUACUUAAGUAACCCGAGCUGAUGUGCGUUCUCGGAAUCCCUGUUUCCUGGAUAAUGGCUCCAGGUGAAUCCCAUGUAAAAGAGUCAACAUCAGAUAGCAUUUCUGCAAAAUACUUUAAAAUCUUGUCCUUUCAGAGUGAUGAGCUGCUCGGCUCUGGGCUUUCUUGGCUCUAACUUUCCAUGUCUGAAAACUCUCUGGUGUUUCAGGCAAAUUGUUAGAAUGAAUAUUCUGGAGAGUGACUGCCAUUUUGGAGAGGUCAUGAGCACUCAGAUGCUGUUACCACUGCACACUUGAUGAGUGGAGUUCUUGGUGCUGGUGUGCCUUAAGUCGUGGCUAAAGAGAGAUGUAGAUAAGGGUCAUCAGCCAAGGCUGGUUGGAAUGACUCACUGUAGGAAUGAAGGGUCACAUUUUUAAAAAUGUGGUGAGUGAACUAACAAAUCUGUCACGGUAGUUCCAAUUCGGCGUCUGGUCUCUGGCUGUGGCGUAUGCAUGAUACAGCAUCUUGGAGCUUAGCCCUGCUGAAGAUACGCACCUGUUUCUCAGCUGUUCAAGCUGCCCGCCUGUAGCAGUUUAACUGUGUACCUGUUUGUACUCUGUCUGUGUUCUGGAAGUUCCAUAACAGGAUGUUCUUGAACCGAGUCCUUUUCAAGGUUAAAGAACCAGAAAAUGCCAUCAUUUUCAGUGACUGUACUAAAAAACAUCCCCCGGGUGGUUGAUGCUUUAGAAUGUACUAUGUGCAUCCCUUUUUGUCUGCCGUGUUACCUGAAAGAAUCACUCAUUUUGUACUGGAUCCCAUUUAUAUAAUUCAAGGAUGAGGUUAUGAAAAAUUAAAGUACUAUAAAGUUAAACUCUGUGAGUAAGUAUACACGUAUGAAGUUCAUUCACUUGGCCUCUUACUCAUCCAGUGCUUUUUGAAGAACCCUGAAAACUGCAAAGGACCAAAGUGCCUAAUAAAAUUGUGUCUCUCUUCUUUGCUCCAGUUAAUUUUCAUUAUUUUGCUUUAUUUGAUAGUUAACAGAGGGUUCCAUUGCUGGAAUGGAUUUGGCCUAAGAGGAAACACUGAAGAGUCUGAUAAGAAAACAGCUGUUGUUUCUAACGGGUAGAUGGUGGCAGCAGGCCUCCCCUCCCCGGUAGCAGCCCCUGGUGGCAGGAGUCGCUGGCACUGUACUGUGGGCCCAUCUGAAUGAAGGACGUGUGUCUUACACGGGGGGCUGCUUACAGGUGACCAUAAAUGGGAAGUGAAAAAACCAACACGUUCCGUAGGACAUCGUAGUUCAAUUAUCUGCACCCAGGAGUGUGGGCAUUCCUUCCGAGAGUUUGUUGUGGUCGUCUUCGCACCUUGUUGAGCAUUUACUCUAAAACUGGGAUUCCUAAGCUCCGGCCUGGGGAGGGGGGGGGUCAUCACUGUCCAGCCCAGGGCUUUUAGAAAGCCGACCUCAUCCUCCCUCCGUGUGGGGUGUGUUACACUGGAAAGGAAUUGUUUUCGCGGUAGUCUUCGUCCCUUCUCAGUAUAUUUCUGCUUGUAGAUUUUAUUCAGGGAUGAUUUCGUGGUGCAUGUUUGGAAGGAGUUGUUUUGCCUUAGUUUUUUUUUCAGUGAUGUUGCUUUACUUAGCCUGUUGCAUAUUCAAGGACUUGCACCAGCCUGGCCGCACAUCCUUUUCCUGUGUGUCUCAUCCUAACAAACUGUGAUUAAGAGCUAGUCCCCAGCACUCAGACAUUUUACAUUUGAAUGCCAGUUAAGGAUUCCACAGUUUCUCAAGCCAUGUGAAUGAAGUCAGAGUUUCCCAUUGAAUGCUGAGGGCUCAGCAGAAUUGGCCAGUUGGUCAUUUCCUGGAGCACAAGACAUUGUGCCAGUCAGGGUGUAAAAAAGACAUGUGUUUCCAAUCCUCUUCUUAGCACAAGGCAGCAGAGGACACCAGACAUACCACCCAUCUUUAGAUUGUCCCAGGACAGCUGUCGACCCAGCGUACCCUACCCUGUGGUGGGCUCACCUCUCACGUUCAGCAGCCAGAGCCCACCUGCAUGUUGUGGGACUGGAGUUAGAUCUCUUGCUGAGGGCUCAUUUCCACUGAUGGAAAGACGAGGAAAGGGAUACAUUCUCUGCUCCUAGCCAUCUUUGGUCUUUGUAAAUUUCAAGGUGUUCUUACGUUCUUUACUGCUUCUUUCAGAGCAACUUAAAAAAAAAAUACUGUGUUCCCAUUUAAACACUUAAAGAUGGAGAAGCAACAUGAAAUACCAGACUGUGUUUUCCCCUUGGCCAUGAAUAGAUUUAAAAAACACCAUGAUGCUAAGUUUUCACAUACCCGCCUCUGCCACGCACCACUCCAAAGAGACCUGCUUGUGGUCCCUCCCAGCCUCUCUCGAGUAGGGUACCCAAGUUCCCGUGUACCUUCAGAGCCCUUCUGUUGCUGUCAAAACGACAUUUGUUGAAUAGUCUAUGCACCGUUCCCUUAACACUGUCAGGUCAUGUCAGGUGAUGUUACGUUGCCAUUCAUCUUCAGUUUCCUUAUUUUUUAGGAGCCUCCUGUAGAAAAGACCCCCAGACAAAGCAGACUGUAAUUGACUAAAUAAAGAUAUUGCGUGCUUAACUUAGGAUAAGCAAUAUGGCCAAGGAUAUGAGAUACACCACGCUUGCAAGACCAGUUGAAGCUGACUCAAAAAUCCGAACACACGACUGACUGUCAGCAGGUUUCUUGCUGCCCUGGUUAGGGUUGGGUCUCUGCUGCUCUGCUGGAGCCUGGCACGUGCGCUGGGCUCCCGGGCGAUCGGGGUAUGAAGAGGAGGGCAUGUCGCCACGGUACUGGGGGCUCAGAUCUGAGUGCAGCCCUGGGUCUUGGCACACAGCAGAGAAAGGAAUGAUUGGAACUUAACCUUGCAGACCAGGUUCUGGUUUAUGAGUAGUUCUCUGUGGAUUUCAGGGAUGACAAAUUCUGAUGCACUCAUUCUAAAAUGUUCUGGUCCCACACCAGCUCUUGAUGCCUUUCUUUUUAGAUGAGUUAUAUACAGAGAGGCAUUUAGCUCCUCUCAGCUUGUUUGUUCUUCUUUUAUGUUUGUUUUUGUGUUUUAAAUAUGUAUCACAAGCAGAUUGCCAGCAUAAUGGGGAGGACACCAGAUUGGAUAUGGACUUUUUUUUUUUUUUUUUAAUGCUUCUUCCAGUGUCGUGUUCAUAUAUCCACAUGGACAUCAUCCUGUCAGAUGAUUAUCUGGCACUAACUUGUAACUGUUAUAUUAUCGGGGACUAUGUAGCAAUAUGUCCGCAGCCAGGAUACACCACAGGCCUCUAUACAUGUGUGUCUACACGUAAGUAUGUGAAUGAAUUUACGUGCCAGGUUUUACACUUCCGUCUCUAAAAGAGAGAGCAAAAAACCCGCAAAUUGGCCUCGUCCUGAGUAGAUGUGUCGUUUCUCUGUGCAUUCUAUGCCUUCCCCUUAAUUGAUGACUGAGUUGGUGGAAAAUGGCUUGGUUUUAUUCAUGUUGUUUUUUGUUCUCAACUUUAAAAGUAAUCUACCUCUGAAAAUGUGUAGUUUGAUGCUUGUUUGGUGAAUUUGUGCCACUUUAACCCUUUCACGACCAUUCCCAUUUUGUUACAUUUCUGUUAUGGGGACUUUAUGUUGAAAUGUUGUACAAAGCAUUUGUAGCAGUUUAAAAAUAAAAUAUUUAAAAUUAUUUAAAUUGUUUUGGAUACUUCAAUUGUAUUAUAUGUGAUUUACAUUUUACAUUUUUGUUGGAGUUGUUAAUCUGGAGCGUGUUCUUGUAUUGAAGUUUGCUGUUAGUUAUUUUAUUGUUUCUUGUUGGAGAGUGAUAUAAAAGACUAUUCUAAUGAAAACAUUAAAAUUUACAAUUUGACAUACAAAA